UUCCCUAAAAAAAGACUGAAAAUGAAACAUUUCUUCUGCCAUUUGUACAAUUACUUGGAACCUAAAAACUAACAAAAGUUCUACUUUCAAACUUCUUUCCUUCAUUGGUUUGAAUGAUUCAUUGAAUUUGAACUCAAAACCCAACACAAACACUGACUCCUCUCAGUCAUUCACUGACUGACCGAUUCCUUGUCUAGAAAAAUGCAUUCAACACUUCAUACCAAAUCCUCGUUAACUCCAUCGCCUUCAUCAUCAAAAGAUCAUUGUAUCCUUCAUCUUCAUCAUCUUCAUUACCAUUAGCUGAUCAGCAUGAUGAUGUUAUGUUCUUGUUAUGAUGAAGAAGACACUGUUGUGGGAAUGUGGACAUUAGAUGAUAUUCAUCAUCUGCAGAAAGUAAGUGAUUUAUUAAUAGCAACAGCUUACUUCUCAAUUCCAUUAGAGUUAUUCUACUUUGUGAGCUGUUCGAUCAUAUUUCCAUUCAAAUGGAUCUUAACUCAGUUUGGUGCUUUCAUAAUAUUAUGUGGUUUAACUCAUUUCUUAACUAUUUUCACUUAUGAUCCACAUACUUAUAAGCUCAUGUUGUCUUUAACAAUCCUCAAGUCAUUAACAGCUCUUGUUUCUUGCAUUACUUCGAUUACGUUUGUUACGUUGAUACCUAUGUUGUUAAAAGUUAUGAUUAGAGAGGGUUUGUUGAUUAAGAAAACUGAAGAACUUGAUAGAGAAAUGGUGUUGAUCAAGAGAAAGGAAGAGACUAGUUAUUAUGUUCGAAUGUUGACUCGAGAGAUUAGGAGGUCGCUUGAUCGCCAUACAAUUUUGCAUACGACUCUUGUGGAGUUGUCGAAGUGUUUGUUCUUGGAGAAUUGUGUGAUUUUGAUGCCGGAUGAGGUUAAUUUCGUGAUGAAUUUUACUCAUGAGUUGAGGAGAAGAGAUGGGUUUGUUUCGGUUAGAAUGGAUGAUCCGGAGGUGGUUGAGAUUGUGCAAGAAUGUGGAGUUAGAAUUUUGGGGUCUGGGUCUAGGUUGCGCGGAUUGGUGGGGAGGGGGUCUGGAGUUGCGAUUCGAAUGCCGUUGCUUAAGAUUUCCAGUUUUAAUGGUGGUACGCCAAAGACGAUCGAGGCGUGUUGUUAUGCGGUUUUGGUUUUGGUGCUUCCUGUUGAGGUGAAUAGGUGUUGGAAUUCUCAAGAGCUUGAGAUUGUUGAGGUUGUGGCGGAUCAAGUGGCUGUGGCGUUGUCGCAUGCUGCUGUUUUGGAGGAAUCUUUGCUGAUCAAAGAGCAACUCGUGGAACAGAACAUUGCUUUGCGGAAAGCUAGAAAGAUGGCUUUGAUGGCAAAUGAAGCAAAAUGUUCAUUCCGGAGUGCGAUGUGUAGAAAAAUGGUAUCGCCUGCACGGUCGAUAGCUUCUGUUCUGUCAGCUUUGCAGCUUGAGAAUUUUAAAUCAGAGGAACAGAAAAGGUUGGUUGACACAAUUGCAAAAGGAGGGCUUCUUAUUUCUGCUAUAGUAGAAGAUGCAACUGGAGUUUCGGGGCUAAGUGACAGUAAAUUGGAACUGAAAUCGCGCAAUUUCAGUCUUUACGCUAUGUUGAAAGAAGCUGCAAAUGUAUCAAAGCUGUUAUGUGCUUGCAAGAAGUCGGAUUUUGAAAUUAUAGUCUCUGCACAAGUUCCUGACAAAGUUAUUGGGGAUGAAACGCGAAUUCUUCAAGCUAUUCUCUAUAUGGUUGGAAAAAUUCUGGGUGUUGGAGAUUGUAGCGUCGUAGUUUUCCAGAUUUACGCUGAGAAUGAUUUGCAGGAUGGUUUGGAUCCUAAGUACUUUGCUUGGAAGCAGGAUCCAGUUCCCAAAUUUGCUUACUUACAUUUCGAAGUGUGCAGAAGGGAUUUGAGAGAAGGUGGCGGUUCAAGUCUAUGGAUACGGAAUGAGAAUGAGCAUUUUGGUAAUGCAGAUGGCGGUCGAGGGACUCAAUUCAAUAUUUGUGAAAAGCUGGCUGAGCUAAUGCAGGGAUCUGUAUCUGUUAGCCGUUUUCCUCAUAGCCUCGGUGGAACCAUGAACUUCAGAAUCAGACUACAGCUUAAAAGAUCAGAAGAAGGUCUUAUUAACCCAAUGUGUUCGGAUCCUGAAACCGUGCGAUCAAUUUUGAAUGGAAUGAAUACUCUCCUCUUAGAUCGCGAUGGUUUUAACCAAUCCAUCACCAAAAAACUUCUUGAAAAACUAGAAUGCCAUGUCACUGUUGUCAGCUCUUGGUAUCAAUGUGCACAGUCCCUUCUCCAAGAUGGUAAUACCCAUCACCUGUUACUACUAGACAUAGGAAUGCUUAAAGAAGAGGGACACCGCGUGUUCGAUACGCUUGGAAGAUUGAAUACCCGUCCUAUGGUUAUCGCGAUGACAGCAUUGAAAUCUGAUAGAGUAACCCGAGACUGGUGUAUUCAGAAUGGGAUCAAUGGUGUUAUAUGCAAACCAGUUAUACUGCAGGAGAUGGAAGACGAGUUGCAUAGAAUUUCUCAACUUGCAACAAAGACUCGUUCGCCUCCCUUCACACUAUAAGAGAUUACUGGUCUCUUUAGUCGAUUUUUCGCUCUUUUUUUGUAGAGAGAACUUUCCCCUGUGUAGUUUUGGUACAUGGUUUCUUAGACAUUGCAAGAAAAAGACUGACAGAAGAUUGGGAAUUUGAGUGAUAUGUAUAUGAUUCUGUCUAUUACAGUAGCUUUAGCAUAUGAUUCUUUGUUACUUAGAAUUUCA